AUGGUAAAAAAUCAAAACACGAAGUCACAUUUUGAUGAAAAUAGCAGUACUGAAAUUGGGGUACAGCAACAAUCACAACAGCAGCAACAUCAACAACAAUAUGGAGAAGUAAAUCAAUUAGGCGGUGUAUUCGUCAAUGGAAGACCACUUCCUAAUGCUGUCAGAUUGAGAAUAGUUGAGCUUGCACAAUUGGGUAUAAGACCAUGCGAUAUCUCGCGACAAUUACGCGUCAGUCACGGGUGUGUCAGUAAAAUACUAGCACGCUAUCACGAAACGGGUAGUAUUCUGCCGGGCGCAAUUGGUGGCAGCAAACCACGUGUGACUACACCAAAAGUUGUGCAAUAUAUUAAACAGUUAAAAUUAAAAGAUCCAGGAAUUUUUGCUUGGGAAAUCAGAGAUCGACUGUUAUCUGAUGGUGUUUGCGACAAAUAUAAUGUUCCAUCAGUGUCCAGUAUAUCAAGGAUAUUAAGAAAUAAAGUUGGCACAACGACAACUAUGCAUCAUCAUUCACAUCACUCAGCUCAUCAUCAUCACCAUCAUCAUCACCAUCUUUAUGCAGCCGCAGCAGCGGCUGGUGCAGCCCUUUGUCCAGUGCCGUAUCCACCGACAUCUUAUCAUCCGACAGCGCCGCCUUCCAUUCCACAUCAUCAUCAUCAUCAAGGUUAGUAUUUUGUGUAUGUUAAUUUGAAGUAUAAAGAUUCCAAAUGAGAAAUUUGUUUACAUGUUUUUAUUAAUUUCUUUUCUGUAAAUUGAUAAAGACUAAAGAAUAAUUUAGUCCAAAUG